AUUGUGGCUUCAGUCAGCCCGUUCAACCUGGAUUCUGCGGUAUAAAAAGGCUUAGAGAGGAAAUCGCCAUCUACCUUGGCCUCCCCUUGCAGCAGAUGGAUGCAGCCAGUCUGACAGAAUGACCGGAAUCUCUCUCUUCCUGGGCCUCUUGGUCCUAGUGCCCAGUUGCUGGAGUGAUUCCAUCCCUGCUGCUCCCCUCCUCCUUCCCCGCAGCUGUAAUGACUCUCAAGUGCUGUCCGUGGCAGGCUUGGCUUUGCAAGGCAUCAAUGAUGACCGGAAGGAAGGUUAUGUGUUCAGCCUCAAUCGCGUGGCUGAUGUCCAAGAACAACAUCAGACAGGUUCAAGCUCCAUGUACUAUUUGACCCUGGAUGUAUUAGAGACAGACUGCCAUGUGCUCAGCCGGAAAAGAUGGAAGGAUUGUGCCACCAGGAUCCUGCAUGAAACAGUUUACGGCCAGUGCAAAGCCAUAUUUUACACUAACUUGCCAAAAAGAAUUCUACACCUGCCUGUCUAUAAUUGCACUGUUCGCCCAGUUUCUAGAAGGAAGAUAGUUAGAAUGUGCCCUGAUUGCCCCUCACCCAGCAGCACUGACAACUCAGAUCCUCAGGUUUCUCGAGCUGUUAGUGAAUCUCUGGAAAAAAUCAACAAGGAGGUUGCAGUGGGGAAGAAGUUUUAUCUCUUCCAAGUCACCCGAGCUUCUUCUCAGUGGGUGUUUGGCCCUGCCUACUUGGUGGAAUACUUAGUCACUGAGGCACCUUGCACCAAAUCCCUGCCUGACUCUGAAGAAUGUUUGCAGCCACCUGCUGACUCCAAGCCUGUAGGGAUCUGCAAAGGUUCUCUGAGUAGCAUUGGAGAAAUCAAGCACGUUUCUGGGAACUGUGAAUUCUUCCAAAGCCAGCCAACACCGGCCCCUGGGAGCCAACCCCCCGAACACCAGGAUCCACAGCAGCUGCCCCUCCCUGCCACUGCUGCGCCCCUAGAAGAGAGGCCUAAAGGAUCUGUCCAGUUUUUGUCUGAGUUGGUUGAUGAGAACGAAAAGAAACCCUUUGUGGACUUCCCUGUGCAUAUCGACUUGACUACUGAGCCCCAGGGAGAAGUCCUCCACCUCCCAUCCCGCUUCAUGUUGGAGAAAGAGGAGAUGCCAAUUGUCCUUCCUUUCCCCAAAAGGUCAAGAUCCAAUGAGUGUCCAGGACCAGCUGAGAAUUCUGAUCCCCUGAUUCUCCCACCAUGAAAGUCACACACAUGCAUGCACAUGUGCACACACACACACACACACACACACACACACACCACACACUUGGUGGACAUCUGGUGCCAUGGAUUGGGGUGGAGAGAUGGAGAAGAAAGAUAGAGAGUAUCUAGCAUUCCACAAUUCCAUCUUGGCUAUAAUAAAGUUUGUCCUUUUUUUGCCUCUCCUUAA